AAUACAACAUCUCAAAUAAAUCUCUCCGAGCUACUUCAAAAGAAUUUUGGAUUUAGCACUUUUAAGGGAGAGCAGGAAAAAAUCAUAGAGUCUAUACUCUCUGGGAGGGAUACGUUUGUGCUUAUGCCCACAGGUGGGGGUAAGUCCCUUUGCUAUCAGUUGCCCGGAAUUAUUUCCGAAGGGACAGCCGUUAUUGUCUCUCCAUUGAUCGCUCUUAUGAAAAAUCAGGUGGACUUGGUUCGAAAUUACAAUGAAAAUGAAAAUGUAGCGCAUUUCUAUAAUAGCACACUCAAUGUAGGUCAAAAAAGAGCGGUAGAACAAGAUGUAAAAGAUGGUAAGACCAAACUGCUGUAUAUCGCACCUGAAACCUUAGCUAAGCCAGAUAAUAUAGAAUUCUUAAAGUCUUUUAAAAUAUCUUUUGUAGCCAUAGAUGAGGCUCAUUGUAUCUCUGAAUGGGAAGGAAAAACGGGGAUUAUAUAUGUUCUGAAUAGAAAGUCUGCGGAAAAGAUAGCGGAAACUCUCUGUCUCAAUGGGAUCAAGGCCGCUCCAUAUCAUGCAGGAUUAGAAGCUAAACUCCGAGCCAACACCCAAGAUCAAUUUCUAAACGAAGACAUUCAUGUCAUAGUGGCCACGGUUGCCUUUGGAAUGGGAAUAGACAAGCCCGACAUACGAUUUGUUAUUCACUAUAAUAUAGCCAAGUCUUUAGAAAACUAUUAUCAGGAAACCGGUAGAGCGGGACGAGAUGGUCUAGAGGGCAACUGUAUUGCCUAUUUCAACUAUAAAGAUAUCACCAAAGUAGAAAAAAUGCUGAGUGAUAAAACGGUAACCGAACGCGAACGCGGUAUGCUGCUUAUAGAUGAAACCGUAGCCUAUAUAGAAUCAGGAGAAUGUAGAAGAAAGUUUUUGCUCAAUUAUUUUGGCGAAGAAUAUGAUAGUAAAACUUGCACCGAAGGAAAAAUGUGCGACAACUGCGCCAAACCGAAGGAAAAGGUCAAUGUGACAGAAGAUAUAUCCUUAUCGCUCAAUAUUAUCAACUCUUGUAUAGAGGCGCAUUAUCUUCCUCACAUUAUGAAUAUCGCCCUGGGAAUAAAAUCCGAUGGGGUGGCGUCCUAUAAACAUGACCUUAUGCCAUUCUUUGGACAAGGAAAAGAUAAAAAUGAACGUUACUGGACUUCUGUACUUCGAACAACGGUGAUUCAUGGCUUAGUAUAUAGAGAAGUAGAAGAAUAUGGGACAUUAAAACUGACGGAUAAAGGUCGAGCAUAUUUAAUAGAGCCUUUUAAAAUAGAAAUUUCGCUUAAUCAUGAUUAUGAAAGUGAAGGAGAUAUUGUACUAGCUGGGAACAAUAACUCUAGUAUGGAUAAAGAGCUCUAUAAUAUUCUACUAGAUAUUCGAAAAAUAGAGGCCAAAAAGGCCAAUAAACCGCCAUAUGUGCUUAUCCAAGCUCCUUCCCUAGAAGAGAUGUGCUUAAAAUAUCCUAUUUCAGAAGAGGAGUUUAGCCAUAUAACGGGUGUCACCAAAGCCAUGGCGGCUAAAUAUGCAUCGGCUUUCUGCCCUGUUAUCAAAGAUUAUGUAGAAGAAAAUGACAUUAUUCGUCCCGAUGAUGUCAUGGUGAAAACG